GAUUCACUACAUAGAAGUCAAAUGUUGCUCAGGUGAAUUUUUACUUAGUAGUUCGAUCAUAUUAUACCAAAUUCUCUAAAGUCUUGAGUAGGAAAGCUAAAACACCUCAGAAUAUCCACAAGACUCCUUAAUAAAAGAAUAUUUUCAACUACCUCCAAGAAAACCCGAAGUUCAAUUGAUAGAUUUACAGAAAAAUCAACAUGGCUUUUGAUUCCGCGAAGAUACGUCGCCAUGCCUAUAGAUGUGCAAAAAUUACAGCUUAUACCAUAGGUGCUAUUGUUUGUAGCGGAGCAAUUGCAGCACUCUACAUCGGCUAUCUGAGCUCAAUAGCCCACCAUGGAAUCAAAUCUAGCAUCAGAGAAGCAAGAUUCCGGAAAUCAAUCAAGAGUUCUAGCCCUAAAAGGUUCCGCUCCUUCACAAAGUUCAAUUCAUUACCCAAAGAACUACAAUUAGCAAUCUGGAAGCUCGCACUCCAGAACAUCGACCCUCGAGUAGUUAAGCUCCAAUUGUAUUGGUGGAAAGAGAAAGCCCUCCAGUCGGGAACCCAAAACUUCUUGGGCUCUACUCUUACUGCACGCCAGAAAUAUACAGCCAAUAUUCCUGCGUUGCUUCACACCAGUCAUGAUUCAAGAGAAAUCGCCCAAAUGAAAUUUAAACUUAGUUUUGGGGAAUUGUUGCAAGGACGGCCCGUUUACUUCGAUAUUGAGGGAGAUACCCUUUGGGUUGUGGGAGGACAACAGCACUGUAAAAUAUUUCCACUUCGACUGUUGGGCAUGGAUGGCUUUCGAAACUUGAUCAUCACACCUUCACGAAGUACUCUUCGCAUUGAUGCUCCAGCUACAUCGAUUGAACCGCUACAAGAGUGGAUCGAUCAACUGGUUUCACGCUCAAGAGGGGUAGAUAUACGCAUUCAAAUCGUGAUCGAGGAGAAGGAUAGACUUGAUCAUCUUUUCAAUAGUACGAAUGCUGAACGUUUAUUCCGUGCAGUGCAAGGUCUCGGCAUACGUGAGUUUCACCCUCUCGUACAAGUAGUCCAUAGAGAUAGAUUGGACUUUGGAGGAGGACUUUAGUAAGUACGCUGUUCUCCUAAAGACGUACACCAUCACUAACUGACAAUCGUUUAAGACGGAAGUAGAUAUCAUGCAUAAAGUGGCGAUUCUCAUAUAAAGAGAUAUCGGAAACGGAAACUCCAAUACAUACAGAGGGAUAUGAAUACAUUCUCGAUGAUUUUUCACUUGACUAGUCAUCUGGGCGAGAAUCUCUAUUUGUGUGGUUCCAUGAGGUAGCAUUUACUUAUUUCCUUCUCAACAUUUAUUCUUCUAUAAAUAGACAGAGACCACUCACACAAUCAUCCUAUUUAACUGCAGGUCCAAACAUCAAAAAUAUUGUGACUCGUUGUCGAGGGAGAUCGUGAAGAAUCCGACAUAUAUUCUGGACAGGCAGGGACUUUAGACGUGCAAUACCCAUUCCUCAAAUCACGAUAAGUAUAUAUAUGGCUCAUUGAACAGUUCAGAAUAGCCAAGGUCUUGGUAUAAUCGCGACUAGUGUCUCCGUCAAUGGGUGUGUGAUAACGUGGUAUGAGAUUUCAAUAUUGAUCUUUCAGAGAGGUUUCAAGGUCCUAAUGGGCUGAUUAUUCGAGGAGAAGUUGUAUGAUAGAAAUGAAUUUCGAGGA